CAUUUAGAUAAGGUUAACUCCUAACUUAAAACUCUACAUUUACGAGUCAGUAAAUAGAAAGAAAGAAAAGGAAACUCUUAAACGUUAAAUAUGGAAAAAUUCGUCGGUAAAUGGGAACUUGCUGAAAAUGCUGGUGAUAUGAGAAGCUAUUUAAGACACUUAAACACUUCGGAAUCUGAUAUCGAACAGUUUAGCUCUAUCUUAACAGAUAUUGGCAAACUUUGCCAACAAGCCGUUUUAGAAGGAGACGACGAUCUCCUUGUUACAGUUAUCCACGAUGGUAAUAAUAAAAAAAAUAAGAUCGUUACACAAACAAAAACAAGAUAUUGAGUAGUUGUCAAUAAUUUUUUUGUUGUUUUUUUCCUAAUUUUAGGAGAAGUACUGGAUGAAGAUCAUCUAAAAUUGGGGACAAAUUUUGAAGCAAAAACUCAUGAUGGAAGAGAUAUAAUCUAUUCGACAACAAUCGAUGGAGGCGUACUAACUAUUAUUGAAUCCGGAGCCUACGAAGCAACAACGAUUAUGGAAGUGGAAGGUGACGCCCUAUAUUCAGUAAGAUAAUUAAUAUAUUUUAAAAUAUUCAAGCUUUUAUUUAUCGCAAUUAUUUUCUAAUAUACUGUUUUUUAACAUAUAGAAAUUGAUUGCUGGAAAAGGGGACAACUCGAUAGUUGUUGAGCGAAAAUACAUUAGAGUAUGAACUCAACAUGAGUAGAUUCUAUUAAAUAAAAAAUUUUUUAUCUGUUUGCGUACUGUCUGGUGUUAAUAUAAAAAAAGAGACGUUUUUUAUAUCUUGAAUACAACUCACUUGCAAAAGUGUAUAAAAGGCAAAGAAAUAAGAACAUUAAGUGUAGUCUGUAAGCGAAAAUGAUGUCGUACGAGCCCAUUGGAAAAGAGCGUUUGAAUAGUAGUUUCAGGGGUCGAUUUAUCAGAUUCUUGGGUAUUCUGCAACUCGGGUUUGGCUUGUUAGCACUAAGCUUAAAUACUACCCUUGUCGUGAAGAAUUUCGAAAACCGUGAGUUGCUGAAAAGAAGUCUACCCCUGUAUUCUCUUGCCGGUUUCUGGACUGGUCUUUUUCUAUGCAUAACGGGGGUUACUGCACUAAUGGUUGAUACGAGAUGCAGGGUGAAAGCUCUAGCUAUUCUAUCACCGUUCACAAUUCUAGUAUGCAUAUAUCUAAUGGUUUGGUCUGGUUUGGGCGUUAAAGAGAACUUGUAUCUUGGACUCUACUCAAUUCUUGUUGUAAAUGGCUUCGUUGGGGUGUUUGUAACGUUCCCGAUGAUGUGUCUAUGUAUGAACUAUUUGCGAGUGAACAAGGAAACUCCACUGCAGGUUUCAAGCGGCGAUACCCUUCUCAAGGACGACAAAGAGACUGCCGAAGAUAUAGAAGCUUAG